AUGCUGUUGCUUUUUGGUGUAAUCGGGGCGUGUUUGAUGACGGCUCCACCUGUCUAUGGCCAUUACAAUGAAACCUCAUUGAUACUGCGUGAUAUUUUUGCCGAUUAUGAUAAGAGAGUGAUUCCAUUCACUCAUGGACCGGUGAUGGUCAAUAUGACGAUCGUGCUAGGGAUUCUCAUUGAGUUGAGAGAAAACGAGCAAAUUGCCGCCUAUGUGAUCUCCCAUACACAAAGAUGGUAUGAUAAGAGACUCGCUUGGAAUCCAACCAAGUAUCGAGGUCAAAAGGAAGUGAUCGUCCCACAAAGUAUGGUCUGGUUACCGAAGCUUUUUGUCUACAACAGUCUUGAGACGAACGAGAUGCUGACUCCAAAUCGUGCCGACGUUCGACUCUAUCACACUGGUGCCAUCAAGCUGAAUAUGCCUGAGAAAUUGUCAUGUAUUUGCCGAAUUGAAACUGAAAUGUUCCCUUUCGAUUCUCAAUUUUGUGCUGUUGCAUUGGCUUCUCCAUUGCUGAAUAUUGAGGAAAUGGUCGUUCAAGCUUUUUCACCACCAAAAGAUUCAUACUUUACGGGUAACACAGAAUGGCAUCUUUUCAACAUCACUGUUCGACAUAUGGAAUUCUUAGAAGAGGGAGAAUAUCGGGUUGAGAUUCACUACAUUUUCCACUUACAACGUCGCCCGAUCUAUUACUUGACAGUGAUCGUCGCUCCGACUUUUCUCAUCUCAGCUCUUUCGAUUCUCGGAAUUUUCUCACCAGGUUCAUCGGAUGGACCAAGAAAUGAAAAGGUUUCACUUGGUUUGGGAAGUCUUCUCGCGAUGACUGUUCUCCUUGGAAUUGUGGCAGGAGCAAUGCCGAAAAGUAAUGCCAUCCCAUUGUUGGGGUACUACAUCUUGAUUGUGAUUUGUUUGUGUGCGGUUGGUGUGUCGAUCUCGAUGACUUUCCUCGCAAUCGCCAAGCAAUAUAUCCAAAGAAAUGAAACUCCAUCUCGAAACAUGCUUCGUCUUUUUUUGAUGAACCCCGAUCGAAAAAGGAGAUCAACUGUUUAUCGGACUUCAUUUUAUCGACCAGAUUUCAUUUCUUUAGACAAAAUGAAAUCUCCCGAGCUUUUCGCUAUUUACGCGGUUUUGGAGGAGAUCGCCGAGACACAGCGCUCAUUUAGAAGAAAGCAAGAGCAAAAGAUGAAUAGGAAAAUGGUUGAGCAUGAAUGGUCUCGGGUUUUCGGUCGUUUCGAUCACUUUUUCCUCUUCGUUUUUGAGGUCCUCAAUCUGGCAGCCCUUGCCGUUUUCCUUCGCGUCGCCUGGUUCCCCACUCCCGAACUUCGAACCCAAGUUGUU